AGGACACUUACACAUCCGUCCAGGAGGAACCAGUGGAUAUUGUGUUCCCCUAGGAGUUAAAACCUUCCAUCCGUCCAAACCCGGUGGUACUCUUUCCGUACCUCCAUGCCGUCCGAAAUGCCUGGAACAACUCCCAUCAGUAACGCCCCCCAGGUGCCUAUCUGGAAUGUCCGUCCACAACUUCCCUAUGGAGGGGAGGGAAUAAAUCCACACCUACCCGCCCCUCCCCCCUCCUGUAUGCAGAAUUCAUCUUACAACUACAACCCUAACUGCAGAUUCAGUAAAUUCAUCCAUCGUCACCCUGUCAUGUCCCAGCUGUCUACUGCUAGUACAACAACUACUAACGGUACACCAUCUGGCCCACCAAUGUCUCAAGAAACAUUUGAAUACCUGUGGAACACACUAGGGGAAGUCACAGAAAAUGGUGGAUAUACUCAGAUAGCGAGUAGGGAUUUAGAUUACGAGUAUGCCGAACCAGCAGGAGAAGAAACAAGUUUGCAAAUUGAGAGAUUCCAGAUCAGAGGCCAAAAUGAUUCUAUAUCGGAUCUGCUUAACCCUAUCAUUGCAAACACAACAUCGGCCAGUUCCAUGAGCCCAGACUCCCAAACAAAUAUCAUCGGCAGCUCAGCAUCCAGUCCAUACAAUGAUACCAUCACAUCCCCGCCCCCAUAUUCACCUCACACAGGAAUGCAGUCCCCCAUACCAUCAGUACCAUCAAAUACAGACUAUGCUGGAGACCAUGGUUUUCAAAUCUCAUUUUCACAGCCAUCGAAAGAAACAAAAUCUACUACCUGGACAUACUCAGAGGUGCUUAAAAAAUUGUAUGUUAGAAUGGCUACAACAUGCCCGGUGAGAUUUAAAUGUACUCGAACCCCUGCUCCAGGCUGUGUAAUUCGUGCCAUGCCCAUUUUCAUGAAACCUGAACAUGUUCAGGAGACUGUCAAAAGAUGUCCAAAUCACGCAACAUCAAAAGAACACAACGAAAAUCAUCCUGCACCAACUCAUCUUGUCCGCUGUGAACACAAACUUGCCAAGUAUACAGAGGAUGGCUACACUAGCCGACAAAGUGUCAUCAUCCCACACGAACAUCCCCAAGCUGGAUCAGAAUGGGUUACAAACCUUUUCCAGUUCAUGUGUCUUGGGUCCUGUGUUGGAGGCCCCAACAGGAGACCAAUUCAGAUCGUCUUCACAUUAGAACGAGAUAACCAGGUGCUAGGCCGUAGAGCCGUCGAAGUGAGGAUCUGUGCUUGUCCUGGCCGUGACAGAAAGGCUGACGAAAAAGCGGCCCUGCCUCCAUCCAAGCAGUCUCCAAAGAAAGUCAACAGUUUUGGUAAAAUGACCGUUGGAACUGAAAUCACGUCCAUUGCCCCAGGUGGUAAAAAGAGAAAGUUAGAUGGAGAGGAAGCAUUCACUCUGACGGUACGAGGACGAGAGAACUACGAGAUCCUGUGCAAACUAAGGGACUCCCUAGAACUGUCUUCUAUGGUACCACAGAACCAAGUAGAGUCAUACAAACAGAAACAAGUGGAAAUAAACCGACAACCGUCUGCCACACGCAUUGUGUCCAUCCCGAGCCGAGAGGGUACACCAAUUACAACACAGACAACUUUGCCAUUUGCUUCUGAAAACACAGUACAAGUGACCAGUUCCCAGAAUGGUCAGCCAGCCGUCACGGUCCAGCAGGUUAUGUCUGCCCCGGUCGACAAUCUCAGUCCCUCAGCCAUCAAGGAGGAGCUGAGCUCAACACUAAAUGGUUGUGCCAGUGAUAAUUCCAUUAAGAGCUGGUUAGAUAGUCUCGGCCUGUCAGCAUAUAUUGACAACUUUCACCGAAUGAACCUGACCACUAUGCAGCAGCUGGAAGACUUUACUAUCGAGGAUCUUCAGAAGAUGAAGAUUGGUUCAGGUCACCGAAACAAGAUCUGGAAAGCUCUAGUGGAGCAGCGUAACCAGACGGUGAUUCUCUCCGAGUCGGCCAGUCUCCAACACGAAAUCUCUACAGCCUCAACAAUGAGUCUGUCUUCACAGCCCAGCAUCACACCCAACUCCAACUACUGCCCAGGCUACUAUGAGGUCACUCGGUACACAUUCAAACACACCAUCUCAUAUACGUCCAAGGACAAGGACACCAGUAGUCCACAGACGAAGAAACAGAAAAUGGCAGAGGAGUGUGUUAAGAGUGACUAACUGAGGAAUGGACGUGAGAGAGGGAGAUAUGUUUUAGUGCUGACAUGUGCACAAAAGUGUUCUUAUUAUGACUCAAAAACACAGUUCAACUACAAGGUGUUGUACAUAGCAAGUGUGAAACAAGGUCGAUGUGUGGAGGGUGAAAGUUAGACAUGAGAGGCAAUCAAGAGUGUGACUUUUUUGUAUGUUUUUACUGGGGUAAUUAAAUGUGUACAAAUCUAUGGAAAAGUGUUAAGGUACAGAUUGAAAAAGAUGUGUGAUAUCAGUCAUUAUAUUGGUACAACUUCCCACAGGAAUUAGAGACAAGAUUCUUCAUAUAAAUGGUGGAGUGGGCUGAUUUAAGUUUAAUUCAGUUAAUGACAAAUUCUGUCAAAAAAGAAUUUGAAUUAUAGCCAUAAAUGGGUCACAAUAUUUCUCAUUGUUAACACUCUCCACAAAUAUUUUGGAAACAUUUGAACAAAUACUGAUUUGAAGAGUUGAUUAAACAUCAUCAGUUCUGGUCUUCUCUGUGUUUGAAUUCAGUAUGUACCUUAAAACGUUUUCAUGACUAAUGUGUUGGGAAUUCUUAUGGGAAAAUGGGAAAAUAUUGUUAUGACAGAAGUGUUCAGGGGAAAUAACUGUGUUCAAGCCUCAACAAAUUCUCAUUUCAUACAUACUGUAGAAAACUUCAAAGUCUGUAGCCGACGGCCAUGACACCGACCAAGUUCACCUAUUUUUCUUUGGUCUCUAUCAUAAUCUCUUGAUCCCUGCUUUUAAAAGAGGGAUAACUCUGACAUCAUUGAAAAUGGUCAAUUUUUCAAAGAUAAAAUUUCUUACGGUGCAUGUGCUGUUCGUUUGAAGUGUCAUACAACAUCAAAGAAAUCUGUGUUCAGUAGAAGAAACAUUCCGUUUUAUUUUUAUAACUAUACUUGUUUUUCAUAUAAAUGUAAUGUUAUAUUGUUUUGGUGGAACGUUUUACGGUGGUAAAACAUUUGUUGGUUAUUCUAUCCUAGAUGAGUUAUAGAUUCGUUGUCCAGUGCUUGUAGACAGGGUUUCUGUCCAGUGGGCCUGUGUGCUAGGUCUUCUUCUUUUUUUUUUUUCUUUUUUUGUAAAUAUGUAAAAUCUUACACUUCUUGUUGGUAGUUAGAAAAAACAAUGCUGAUACCUAUGUGUGUGUGGAUUUCUUUAUCUUACACAAGUGUUCUGUUUUAUCUAAAGAUGUUUAUUUAAAUAUAAGAAGUGGAAAGUUUAACCAUGUGGAGCCAUUUGUUAGAUAUCCAGUUUAUAUCACUGUUGAUAAUAAUGUAUAGGUUUAUUUGUUUUGUUUGAUUGCAGAGUUUAUCUCUCUGGACAGCCAUUGUGUCACAUUAGUAGCUGGUAGCUACCUCGAUGAAAAAUGUCUUUUACAAGGACACCUAUGCUAGCAUAGGAAGGUUUGUGAUUUCGUCUUUGGAGGGAAUGAACCCUUAGUAUGAUGAUAUGUAGUGGUAAAGUUGAUGAGAGACUUCAACGGCGUGUUGUGCUACACAUGAUAUAGACAAACAUUGUACAGAUUUGUUGUUGAAACAAUAUAUUAACGGAAAGCCUACUGGAGAUGGAAACAAUACAAAAUGUAUAGAAAAGAGGUGGAUGUAGGUUAAAACGGACUGUUUGACAAAUGGCUCCAGUUGAUAGUACAUAUAUUAAAUAUGUGUUGACGUGUUCAUUUUAAUUUAUCUAUUCAUAUUUAUGCAAGUUGCAAUGUCCUAUAAAAUAGAUUGAAGUGUUUUUAUCAUUGGUUUAUGUGAAGUGCAUGUUUUUAUACUGAGAGUAAAGUUGUAACUCUUUUAGGCUAUAUGUUAUAGCUGUUGAAGAAAGGUCUUCAACUAUUCUGGGGCACAAAUCUUGUUCAAGAUUUUAUACUAUUUGUUUUAAAUGAUUGUUGUCUCUCCGUCCACAUUUAACUCUUCCAGCUCCUAUUAACCACUAUAUCCAGGAUUCAUGAUGAUACAGUCCACUUUUGGUUUUAGGGUUGGCAAGUUUUAAAUAAAUUUUGUUGAAUAUCGAGCGAGAGGAACCAUCAUAUACGAUGUAUGUUUAAGUAACAAAUGAUACGUUUUGUUCAUAUUAACUCAUUACAAAUCAUAUAUGAAUUGCAAUAAUCUGUUGUCUUUGUAUAUUUUUUUUUAAUUUUAUAUAAGUAUGCCGAUCUUACAUCCAAUUUUAACCUGCUUGACCCUAACCAAGGAUUCUGAGUGUAUGAAUGUAUUAUCUGGAGACAAAAACAUUUAUUUUGGUCUCAGUUUUCUAAACAAAUUUGCUGCAGCUCUUAACACUCAGUAUUUUCAGUUUUAACUCCAUCAGUCAUUCUGGUUCAAUGAUCUCCAUUUUCUACUUAUCUUCUCUUUGUUGUAGAUACAAAUUAGAUAUCACCAUCAAAGGUAUUGAGGGUUUUUUUUUUUUUUUUGGUUAUAUUUGUUGAAGAAUUUCAAAAACCAAUUUGAAACAUUUUUCUUUGUUUAUUAACUUUAUUUUAGUAGACCAUAUUCAAAUUCAUAAAUUCAUCUGAUGACAAAACAAAGUAUUACUGGAUCAUAAAUGUCAUAAUAUUCAUCUUUGGUGCAACAAACUUAUCACAUUAUCCCCCAUAUUGGAUCACUCAUUCUCAUCAAAUAUGUUCAACACUGCCAAACAGUAACUAAAGGUCUGUCAAAACAUCAGGAGACUCAUUCUCAAAAAAACAUUAUUUUUUUUUUGAUUUUGAUAUAGAAUCAUCUGAUUUAUAACCAAAUAAAUUUCACUUUUCUAAGUACAGUAUUUUUUUGUAUGAGUGAGAAAGUUUAUAAUAAGAUGCAGUUAAAUUAAGUGUAUUAAUUGUACAGGACUUGUACAGAUCUUCCUUCGUUUGGUGCCAAUAUCCUUUCUGUUAUGUUCAGCAGUUAAAUGAUAACAAAUUUCAGUUUGAAUCAUUGCAAAAGUCUUUAAUGUGUUAAGUUAGGCUGUUGAAUUAGAAACUUCAAUAGAUGCCAUGAGUAUUUAGUUUUAGUUCUUUCUUUAUCCCUGUAUAUUGAAAACAAAUGUGGUUCGAUGCAAUUUUUAUAUCAAAAAGGCUUUUUAAGUUGAAUUUGUCUGGGCACAAUAUGAUACGAACAAAGAACUUUCAAAAUGUAUUUGUUUUGUUUAGAAUUGGAAUUGUUUAAUACAUUUAUAUGAACAAAUGAAUAAAUGCAAUUUAAAUAUAA